AUGACAGUCGCCGAACAGCAAGUGCCCGAUGGCGGCGCUGCUGUUACGCUGCCGAUUCGCGCCAAUGGCUCAGACACGGCGCCGACGUCAAGCAAUGCGCUGACGGGCAAACAGGAGCACUACCUGAAGAGGGAGCUCAUAUCCGACCAGGUCAAGUGGGAGAUCAGCGAGCUCAACUCGCCGACGGCUCUGCAGCGCUUCGGCGCGCCGUUCAAGUCUGAGCAGGGCGAAGUCCCUCCCCAAGAGUCCGAGCUGCCGAUCCUGCGAUACAUCUUCGUCCACCAUGUUCGCGACUUCCCCUUCCUGGACAAGGCCAGGGAGAAGGAGUUUUGGCAGGACAAGCUCCAAGUCUUUCUCGAGUCGUUUGCCACGAAGCAGAUUUCCUCGUCCGAAGACCGUCUGGAAGAAACGAAGCGCCGGAAGCUGGCCAUCAAGGCGCAGAAGCUGGUCGAGCUCAUGAUGGUCUCGGGUAUCCCCACCUCGUCCGGGUUCGAAGAGCGCAUCAAGUUUUCGGAAAUCGAAAUCGUGGACAGCAACGCCAUCGACAGGGGCGUCAUGAACACGCUUCCUGAAGGGAACUACAUCAACGGCUGGGACGUCAAUGUCGCCGGUGUUCGCGUUACCUCUGUCAAGCGCAACAUCAGGUAUCACAAGCACGCAGAGUUCAUCCUCCGCAUCAAGCGAAAGGGCGAGCUGGAACACUUUGUUGGUCGACGGUAUGGCGACUUUGCCAGAUUGCACCGAAGACUGCGCGCUGAGCUGCCUGGGAGGGUGUUGCCUGCGCUGCCAAAGAAGAACAAGUCUGACACCAGAAUGAGCGGGCUGCUACCGUCUUUUUCCGGCGCAGGAGACGACUCUGAUGCCUCAUCUGUGUCUUCCAUGUCCACUCGGAGAACGAGAAUGUCGCAGAACUUGAGCGCCUCAGGAGGGCUGCUGUCCCCCAAGGAGAACCAAAGAGUCUCACUCCGUGCUUUCCUACGAUCUCUUCUCCACAACCCUCAAGUUGCGAACACCAAGGCCAUGUCGGACUUCCUAAGUGGCGAUCCCAUCACGCCGACAGACGAGGAUGUGGAAGACAUCUCGAGGCGCAAGGCACUCGACGAGAAGCGCAUGGAGGAGCAGAAGGAGUUUUACGAGAUUGCUCGGAGGCGCGCUGCUGAGCUGGAUGAGUAUAUGGAAUCGUUUCGGCGGGACAUUGUUGAACGAAGCGGCCUCACACUGCUGUUCAAGGAGAUUAAAGAAAAAGAGACAAUUGGCGAUCUCAGCAUUCAGUAUCGCAAAUUUGCCGAGUGGCUGAGGAUUGAAAUCGCUGCCGUCAUAUACCAUCUUUUCCUGGCCGAGGACAACUCUGCCGACUUGUUUGCCCAAGCGAAGCGCAUCCACUCCCUGAUUCCGUAUUCCGUCGUCAAAAACGUCAUCCGAAUCGCGAACCCUGCAGCAGUCAUGUCGGGUAUUCUGGACGUCUUUCUCGCCCAGCCUUUUGGAACCCGCUCUCUUAUGCAGAGAAUGUUUUCAUUAGCACUGCACGAUGGCAUUCGAAGCUUUCAGAGAUCCAUUGACGCCCUGGACGCCAAGGUUGGCGAUCCCGUCUUCACCGAGAAGAUCAAAAAGUACACAAAUGCCCCCGAAGACAUUAAGCAGGAAAUCCGUCGCCAGGCCGAAGAGGAAGACCUCGACAUCAUAGUGGUGAUACUGAGGUCGGACUUGAUCGAGCCCGAAUUGUCUGGCGAGCAGAUUCAGCGAUUGUUCAACGCAUACGUCGCCUUCAACAACGCUGUUGAGAACAUUGACGAGGAGUUGAAGCAGGGAGCCCAGCUCUUCUCGUACCUCAAACAGCUCCUCAAGCUUUGCACGCGAUACAGAGAUAAGAGCAUGCUGCUACAACUGAUUGAGGAGCCUGUCACGCUGCAGCUCUUGAGAGACCUGUUCACCAUCUUCUACGAGCCCCUCGUGCGGGUGUACAAGUCGGCCAACGUGUACAACAGCGUCACCGACUUUGCCGUCUUCAUCGACGACAUGAUCAAGGUGGUGGAGAAGUGCAGGGAGGAUGAUGCAUCCGCGGAUCCGAACCAGACUGUGCAAGCGUUUAUCGAUUUGUGCGCGAGGCACGAGCACAACUUUUACAAGUUCGUGCACGAGAUACAUACGCACGACAACGGUCUCUUUACUCAGCUUAUGGAGUGGAUAGAAGGCAUCCUCGAGUUCCUGCGUAGAGGCCCCAAGAACGGCACGCUGAAUGUCAAUGCCUUGUUCGAGGGCGGCGUCAGCAGCGGCAUCAUCGACAAGGAAAAGGCGAUUCAGGAAAUCGAUGCCCUGAUCGCCUGGCAAGAGGCAAGGAAGAAGUGGCACAGCGACAAGACGCAGCAGAAGAUGGCCGCCGAGGGCCAGCCCGGGAGCGACAUGAUGCCGACGGGGUUCAGCUCGGCGGACUUCGGGCUCAACGACGAGGACCUGGAGGACCUGGCGUACGACGACGGGUCGGAGACGGAGGCGGAGGAGGAGGACGACCUGGACCCGAUAGAUGCUGAGCGGCAGAGGCGGGCUAAGAAGCGGGAUCGCCUGAGACGGUCGGCGGGGGAGCCGGUGAAGCCGCCGAUUUCAGAGGUUCACAAGCUCAAGGAGAAUUUCUUGGUCAUGUUGAGGAACGUUCUGGCUGAUUAG